AUGCAAUCCAUGCAAAGACAAUUUGGGAAAUUGCUCCACAAGAGUCCUGGAGAUAAUGCUAAGGUCGCUGUCUUAUUGAACGACUACGAAGAUGCUGAUAGGGUUCUGGUUAAGAUCAUUGACCAUACCAAAUCAUGGCGCGAGUCCUGGAUCAAUCUGGCUAUAGCGCAACUGGGCAUAGUGACGGAAUACGAUGGCCUCUGGGACCCUAUAGUUGGUGCCUCCGACGGUCACGGAAGACCGACCGCGUCUACUCCGGAACUUCAACUCGAGCGGACCUUGAAACUGAAAGAAGUUUAUGCCGAUCUGAAAGCAGAACUGCUUGACGAAGUCAACCUCAUCGACACGAGCAUUAUCAGACCCGCUACAGAUGCUCGGGAUUUCAUUGCUCCUUUAAGGAAGACGAUCAAGAAAAGAGAAAACAAGAGAUUAGAUUACGAGAAGUGUCAAGAUAAAGUCAACAAAUUGCAAAGAAAGGCUGGUCGAAGUCCUAAGGAAGAUGCAGCUUUAGCAAAGGCCGAGGGCGAAGUUGCACGGGCAGCUGAGGAAUUCCAGAUUGCAGAUUCGCAUCUGAAAGAGACAUUGCCGCCCCUCGUGUCUGCGACAUUUAACUUAAUACCACCGCUCAUAGCAGGUGUGGUCAUGAUUCAGAACAGACUACUCGGCUUAUACUAUACCACUCUUCACAACUAUUGCCAGGAUUAUGACUUUCCAUCGCCACCACCUCCCAUGGACAGCGUAAUAUCCAUGUGGUCAGCCGAUUAUGAACCCAUCAAGCGCGAAGUCGAAUCAAUAACGUGCAUCGCAACAGGAAAGGCCGUCAAACAGCCCAUGAAACUACCAGACGAUCCAACCAACAGUGACGAUCGGAAACCAUCCACUUCUUCCAUCGCUUCCGCUGGGGAGAAUGGCUUUCGCCGUUCAUCGUCUGGGCUCAUCGGCAGCAGUGGUGCUGGACCUCCUGCACCUGGUCCGCGACCAAACCGCAUUCCUUCAUCAACAUCACUCGCAUCUCAAGCAAGUACCGGAGCCGCAAGGCCGUCUUUUGCUAACCAUCUUACUCCUACCGAUUUCACCACUGCUUCCCGACUUGGGCAGACACUGUCACCUGCUAUAUCACCUGGGUCAGCUCAGCCAAGAGCGGACUACUUCGGUCGGCCCUCGACUGCGUCAACAUCGGCAUCUACCACCUCGCUCAACACGGCUUCUAACAUGGCCUCCAUCGCAGUCAAAAAGAAGCCUCCGCCCCCGCCUCCAAAGAAAAUUGGUUCGAACCGGCUAGAAGAAUUCGUAGUCGCUCAGUACGACUUUACCGGGCAGAAUUCAGGUGAUCUAUCUUUCCGUGAGGGCGACAGGAUAAAAAUCGUCAAGAAAACUGGCACGGACCAGGACUGGUGGGUUGGCGAAUUAGACGGGAUCAGGGGCAACUUCCCGGCAAACUACUGCAAAAUAGCUUAA